AUGGCGGAUUCAGAUUGGAAACAAUAUCUUGAUAUAACGAAUAGCUUUGCAGAUGAUUCGCACGUGCCAGCGUCCAAAGAGGGGUUGCGCCAACCACUUGCUGAGAACCUGACGCGGCUAACUGCAACUCCACAACAAAAGCUCAAAAGACCAGCUCAAUGGACAAAUACUCCUAGCUCUAUACAACAGAACGUCCUACGAAGACGUAUGGAUGAACUGGACACUUUCCAGGACUUUCGGGACGAGGGUGUCUUUGCAGGCCAUGGCGAUCUUGAGAACGAGAAUGGUCAAAACCUAGACAAGACACAUAUUGGAGGAACUACCCCUACGAGGCCGAAUUCGCAUCAUUCCGCGCAGGUUGUGCGACUGGGGUUCGAUUCGAGACCGGAUUCAAGCACUCCGGACACAAUUGUAUCUCUACGGAAUGGGAUUGGAAUGGCAGCACGCAAGAUUGAGGAGGAGAAGCGGAGAUCAGACAACCCCAGAAUGGCACAAGUGGUUCCGAGCAGUGACAUAGACGAUUCACUAGACGACGUCCAUCCCAAAUUUGAGUAUGUUGGUCCAAAACAGCAUGUGGUUUCUUUGGAGAAGCUGGUGCACUUGAAGAACGAGCUGGUGAUGAAGUUCAAAAUCAGGGAACUGAAGGAGACCGUCGAUUUCUUGGAGUUAGAACGGACAUUUGAAAGGGGUAGCAUCUUGAAUUGA